UGUGUGUGUGUGUGUGUGUGUGUGUGUGUGUGUGUGUGUGUGUGUGUGUGUGUGUGUGUGUGUGUGUGUGUGUGUGUGUGUGUGUGUGUGUGUGUGUGUGUGUGUGUGUGUGUGUGUGUGUGUGUGUGUGUGUGUGUGUGUGUUCCUGGAAGCAGAGCGCCAUCUUAGAUGAACAUGGAGGGGGGUUUAAACUGGAAAACACAAGGAGAAAACUAUUCUUCUGGCUUAAAAAUGAUUUAGUACAGCUUGUGAUAUUAUAGAUUUUUAAAUAUUCCGGAUUUUGUUUCGAAAAAAGUGUAUAAUAGUUAGGUUGGGUGAUUUGUUUUACAACCUAGUUUGUUUUUGUUUACGUGUUAGCAAAGCUAGCUAGCUAGCUAACCUUCACUCCCAGUCGGCUAUGGCGUCUUCUAAUCCAGACAUGCCUGAUGUGCCCAAUCUGGGAAUGUCAGUGCCAGCCGGAUCUCACGCCAGCGCCGGAGCCCUCGUGCCGAAGAGCAGCAACAAACGCUCUGCCGCCUCCGACUAUGAAGAUGAUGAUGGAGGGAAGCUCUUCAGGUGUGACGAUGAAACUGGCAACUCUAAUGACAAGGAGCGGUUCGCCAGGGAAAACCACAGCGAGAUCGAGCGACGCAGACGCAACAAGAUGACCGCCUACAUCACAGAGCUGUCGGAGAUGGUGCCCACGUGCAGCGCGUUGGCACGGAAACCGGACAAGCUCACCAUUCUGCGCAUGGCUGUGUCUCAUAUGAAGACUCUGAAGGGCAGCGGCAACACUGGAACAGACGGCGCAUACAAACCAUCUUUCCUUACAGAUCAGGAGUUGAAGCACCUGAUACUGGAGGCAGCAGACGGUUUCCUCUUUGUGGUGUCGUGUGAGAGCGGCCGUGUGGUAUACGUGUCCGACUCGGUCACGCCAGUGUUGAAUCAGACGCAGUCCGAUUGGCUCGGCUCGUCUCUGUACGAUCAGCUCCACCCCGAUGAUAAGGACAAACUCAGAGAACAGCUGUCCACCACUGAGAACAACAACAGUGGCCGCAUGCUGGAUCUGAAGACAGGCACGGUGAAGAAGGAGGGAAGCCAGUCGUCCGUGAGAAUGAGCAUGGGGGCGCGACGCUCGUUUAUCUGCAGAAUGAGGUGUGGUACGACUCCUGUGGAUCCCAUGAGCAUGAACAGACUCAGCAUUCUAAAGAGCAGAAACAGGAGCGGCUUGGGUCCUGCUAAAGAAGGAGAGCCUCAGUACGUGGUGGUGCAUUGCACAGGAUAUAUCCGGUCCUGGCCUCCUACAGGUGUUUCUCUGUCUGAAGAGGAGUGUGAGACCGGACAGGGCAACCGCUACUGUCUAGUUGCUAUAGGAAGGCUGCAGGUGACGUGUUGCCCCAGUGACAACAACAUGAGCACGAUCACUGUACCGGUGGAGUUUAUCUCUCGGCACAACUGUCAGGGGAUGUUUACGUUCGUGGAUCAUCGCUGCCUGGCUACAGUAGGCUACCAGCCACAGGAACUCCUGGGAAAGAACUUUCUAGACUUGGCUCAUCCUGAAGACCAGGGACUCCUGAGGGACAGCCUCCAGCAGGUGGUCAAGCUCCGGGGACAGGUUCUGUCCGUGAUGUUUCGCUUCUGCACGAAAUCAGGCGAGUGGAUCCUGAUGCGGACGAGCUCCUUCACUUUCCAGAAUCCCUUCUCGGAGGAGAUCGAAUACAUCAUCUGUACCAACACUAAUGUCAAUAAAGCUCCGAAUCAGGACUCUCUCCCCCCUCUGUCCUCCCCCAGGGGGGCAUUACCUGCCCCUCUGGGGCAGAACAGCCCCAGCUGCCCCCCAGCCUCCAGCCCGGGGCAAGCAAAACAUAGCAGGCAGCUUCAGCAACAACAACAGGCUGAGAUGGAGGGUGGAGGGAGAGAGGAAAUCUAUGAGGCCGGACAGGUGGCCCUUCCUCAGGUUGCAGUGCCGCCAGUAGGACCAGAUCCAAAUCAUUCUAAGGUUUUGUCCUCCAGUGCACCCCCUACUGGACAGCAGGUUUAUAGUCCUGCCUCAUUCAGCACUAACCCACGUGCUAAUGAGCCCUUCAGGCAAGCUCCAUUAGCAACCCAGAUGUUGUCCCACAUGUCACGUCAGAGCGCCCCCUCUGGUCUCCCUGUGAACAGCACCAGCCCAGUUCAGACCCAGAAUGCAAACCCUGCAACCCCUGCUGCAUGGGCUCAGCCACGGGCUCCUUUCAGCACACAGGCAGGGAAGAGUCAGUCACCUCAAUUUUCAGUGGGAAAUUUUAACGCCCCCCCUUCCUCCUCUGCAUCCUCCUCUUUUGGGCAAAUGGGCGGAGCCUCAGCAAAUGUAGCAGCCAACACGAGUAAUUACUCUCAGAUGAACGCCCGCAAUCACCAGUCCACUAACGGAUACGGUGAUGUGAGUCAGUCAGGGCAGCAGUUCUCCUCCAGACCACCAGAGGCAGCAGCGUGGCAGCAGUGGCAAACUCAACCGCAUCCACACAACUCAGCAGACACACAUCCUCAUAUACAGAACAGCCAACCUGAGAUGUUUAACGAUGUUUUGUCCAUGUUGGAUUCAUCUGCGAACUUCAGCAACGAAGACUUCACCGAAAUGCCCAUGUUCCCUCCAUUUCCUGAGUGAUCUCUUUAAUCGUUCUUUUACUUCUUCUUCUUCUCUAGUUUCUCAAGAAACAAAACAAGGGGAGAUUUGUUGAAACCUUUCUUUUUUUUUUUUUUUAAGUUGUAAUAUAACGCCUUAUAGAGUAAGAGUUUUCCUCUACGGAGGAAGCAGCUGUGUUCUAAUAACCACGCACAAGUGCACAAAGUGAGCACAAUCAGUCCAACACACUGAGAUAGGUUUCUCCCGUGCGCCCCCCGAAGCACGCACAAACGCACGCACACCCCAACCGAGACCUUCGCAGGUUUGUAGCCCAAACACAAGGAAUGUGUCGACGUUCAAUUUUAUGUUUGGUAGCAAUAAUUGUUUGAUAUUUUACAAUAUGAUCACAGCAUAAUAGAUCUAUUUUUGUAUAAAGUGGUGGUCCUUAUCCUGCCUUCUAAACGGGACUGCCUUUACUGCACUGCCUAUAAACGCUACCUAUGUAGGGCGCCCCCUGCUGAGCAGAGCACAGAGGUAGCGACGAUAUUUUAACAACGAUGCGAAUCAUGCGAUUAUUAUAUCGUAUAGAUGAAGACAGACACGUGCCUAAGUAAAUUCCCACGCAAGGAACAAUCAUCUGAAAGCAGCUUGAAUUAUUAUUAUUAUUAUUCUCAUUAUUCUCAUUAUUCUCAUUACCCCAUGCAACUGUCUUAGAAAAGAAAUGAAAGAAAAGUCCAGAAUUGUUUCUUUUUUCUAUUUAUUAUUUUACAAAUCUAUUAUGAAAGUCUCAGAAAAUGACUCAAUAAAUAUCUAAGAGUUUGUCAUGCUUAAUCUGGUUCUGGUUUAAAAUGCAUAUGCAAAUUAGCAACCACGCUAGUAUUCAUUUUUUUUUAAUGCCAUUUUCCACAAACAAGUUGUAAGUACAACUGCGGUGCUCAGUUAUUCAGUUUCGUUACUUCAUCUUCGGAAAUCGCUUGUUCAAAACAUUUUUCCCUAAACGCUUCAUGCCUACGAUUGUAUAUACAAAUUUUUUUUUUAAAUUAAACAAAAAUGUAAUUAAAGUUAAUUACAUUUGUAUUUAAUUCCGCGGGCAAAUAUCAGUUGAAAUCGAGCUGUUUAAAUCUAAUCACUUGCUUUGUUACAGAAUUCAUUUUGGCUUGUGGCUUUUGCUUGUUUGUUUUUUUUUGUUUUUUAAAUUAAGUUCAUUUAUUUUAAUAACGUCCAUGUGCGUGUCUGGGGACGUGAUGAAAUCUACGAUCCAAAGAUUCCAGCGUUUUGCCAUUUCGAAAUGUUACGUGUUUGACGGAAAUCUAAAUAUCUAAAAGUGUAGACACACUUCAUGUUAAAACAGCAGCUUUUUUUGUGAUGGGGUGAAAAGUGGAGGAAAAAAAAAAUCCAUUUCCAGCUUUAAUGUGAAAAUGAUUCUAUAACUUAUACAAUGCUAUUGAAAUCCAAAAUGUGAGGGUUUAGAGGGGAAACAAAAACCCAGAAUAUCAUAACUGCAUAAGUAUGUACACCCUAUGAGAUCAUUAAAGGAGCUGUAGGUCUUUCUGUCGUGUACAGGUUGCUCCUUACGUAUGAUUACCAACUCCUGUGAAUUCUUUAUCUGAAUACAGAGCCAAGAUAAACUUUAUAUGGAAACGUUUGGUUCGAUGAGACAACUAUUGAACCGUUUGGCUGUAACUGUAGAAGGUCUGAUGAACAUGGUGAAGCAUGGUGGUGGUGGCAGCGUCAUGUUUUAAGGAACUGGGGUUUUAGUGAAGGUGUAUGCGAUCAUGAGUAGCUACACGCAACGCAGAGAAAUAUUCCCUUAUGCAAUUAGGUUAAAGAGUGCUUAUUUAUUUAAUUAUUUAUUUAUUUUUAAUCUGUGCUAUUGUAUAGGUUGUAAUUCUUACGUUAAAGCUGGAAACGUUCCGAUAUUAUUUUAUCCCUUUUUUUAAUAUAUAUAUUUUUUCACACAUCAAAAAAAAUCCUGCUCUUUUACCAGGAGUGUAGUUUUUAUAUCCCUUGCAUUUCUUUUCAUCCUUCUCUCUAUGUACUUCGAAAGAAAUCUUCAAUCCAAAGACUCGUUUUUUGUAGUUGCUUUUAAAUGUAUUUUUAUUUACCUUUUUUCUUUUUCUUUUUCUUU